AGGAGCCCAUGGGAAAUGGCAGUCCUAAGAGAGGAGGGGGUCUGUGGUAACCAGGGCCCAGGACUGUCACAGGUUGAGCAAUACAUCUUAACCUGCCUCUGACUCACCUGGUGCCCCAGGAAAAAGCACCCAGAUAAAAGGUAGGGAAGGAGGAGGAGAGAGAAGGAAGCAUCCAAGCUGAGCAUCAUGAAGGGGCCCUCACCUGCCAGCAGCCUCCUGCUGCUACUGUUGCUCCUGAGCCCAGACCCUGAAGCGGUAUUGCUACUGCCACCCAGCACUACAUGCUGUACUCAGCUCUACCGACAGCCACUCUCAAGCAAGCUACUGAGGAAGGUCGUCCGAGUGGAACUGCAGGAAGCUGAUGGGGACUGUCACCUCCAGGCCUUUGUGCUUCACCUGUCUCGACGCAGCGUCUGCAUCCACCCCCAGAACCACAGCCUGGUUCGGUGGUUUGAGCGCCAAGGGAGGACACUCCAGGGGAUUCUGCCCAACCUGACUUUGGGGCUGGCAGGGAAAAUGGGCCAGGGCCCCCAAUAGCCAAAAUAAUAAAGUAUCAUUGGACA